AUGUUAGACUCUUAUAUGCAACUCGCUGCCUCACGCUCCAACCAGCGCACCAAAAAGCAAGAUAUCCCCUGGGGAUUCGCGAUCUACCGCUGUUCUUAUAAGGACGAGAGUGCCUGGAAUCGUCUACUCCAACACAUCGAGGAAGAGAUCAAAAGCAGUCUUGAAGUCAGCGAGAUAAAGCAUCUUCUACCAUAUCAUCAGCUGGUCAUCAAUGACGAUAUUUCGAAAUUCAAGGGAGCUACAUCCCAUGAGAUUCGUGACCACUUCAACGCAUGGGUUCAAGAACAACUACCCCAGAUCGUCGCUAGCCCCGAGCUGCUCGAAAGUCUCCGAUCUGAGAGUGCUACCUCUGAGUUUGGCCCGCAGUAUGGCCUUGGUGCAAGGUACAACUUUUGCCUCUUUGUGGACGAUUUCUGCCUAGAGUCGUUGAAAUAUGUCAAUAAAUCGAGCUUUGAUCCUGUUGUCAAGAUUCUAUCCGGGUUCUGCGGCGACUUGACUCCCCAGGAGAAAAACUACCAGAUUCAUCCUGACUGGCAUGAUGGAGAAACAGAUGACGAAUUCGAAAUGGUCGGCUGGAUGUAUAUCCCCGUGCAUUCUUACGUGUGGUGGUAUGAUGCUAUGGAAGAACCGGCGGAUUGGGAACCGAAUUAUUCACGGCCACCCAUCAUGAACACCGGGUUGAGUUUCGAAAACCUAGAUGAAAUGCGUGCUCAAAUUGCAAGUCGGUCCUGA